AUGUCCUAUCCAACUCUUACACCUCCCAGACCGCUUCCAGGAACAUAUUUCCCGACUCCGGCGGCAAGCACAAUAAACCAUGGGGUUCCUUUUCAGUCGAAGACUCCCUCCUCAUCCAUGGCGCAAGCUUCGCCCCCUACGGCGCUGCAGAAGCUAUCACCAGCCGCUCCCAAGGUCAAGAGUGAGACCUUGAGUUCUCGAGAGCGCGCUGCGCGAACGAUCAAUGAUACCCUUGCCCAGGAGGCACGGUAUCCAGACUUGGACAGCUACCUUUCACAAGGUUUCUCGUCAGAUUACGAGAUCCCGGCCUCGCCAUCAUGGGCUCCUUUCCACAAGAUCAAGAUGUACAAUAUCCCGGACCAGAUAUUCGACCAGUACAAUCGUGCGCAGGUGUCCACGAGCAUGGGCCUCUUUGCGGAGCUGAAUCAUGCAUGGGUUGCCAUCGACAAUGCUCUCUACCUCUGGGACUACACUCACCCGAAUCCGCAGCUCGUUGGGUUCGAGAAUCAGCCUAACAGUAUAAAUACUGUCAAGCUUGCGAAACCUCGGCCCGGAGUGUUCCUGCCUUCUAUUACCCAUGUCCUUGUGAUAUCGACCACGGCGGAAAUCAUGCUGCUGGGAGUGGGCUGCGAGACUGUGGCUGGUGGAGCCAAGCAAGUGACUCUUUAUCAGACCGGAAUGUCAACUUCGAUACGCGGGCUCGAUAUCCAUGUCAUUGCCUCGUCAGAUUCUACGGGCAGGAUCUUUUUCGCAGGUUCAUCGGAUAACGAUGUUUACGAACUCACCUACCAGCAGGAGGAAAAAUGGUUCCAGGGGAGAUGCAGCAAAGUCAACCACACGAGUUCCCGGUUCGCAACGUUUACUCCAUCUCUCAGCUUUACUCAGAAGCCGUCUGAGCAUGUUGAGCAAAUGGUCGUCGAUGACACCCGGAAACUGCUUUACACACUAUCGUCAUUGUCCACCAUCAGAGUGUUUCACAUGAAAUCGGACGGGACACUAGCUCUGGCUAUUACCAAGCCCGCUUCUGACAUUUACUCGAAUAUCGGACACAUUAUCGCUUCCAAUGAGACACUGAACCCCAAGGUCAAAAUUGUUUCGAUCAGCCCUAUCCCCACUCACGAGGCGUCGAGGUAUCAUCUGAUGGCUACCACCGCAACGGGAUAUCGUAUCUACCUGAGCGCCACCGGUUCCUACAGCUGGUCUCCUGCACCCAGUGGAACCAGUGCUCCAACUAGCAUGCAAGCACAUUUUGUAAAGACUCCCCCAUUUGAUAAUCCUUCGGCCACAGCUGCUCCCAGUGGAACAGCACCGCAGGGUCUCAGGUACCAGUCGUCAGUGGCUUCAAAAGUACCCAUCCAUUCUUUAGAUCCGACACGCUUCGCCGACCGGUUUCCACCUGGGUACUUUUUCUGCUUUACCUGCAAGGAUCCCACGCAGAAGCAAGAUACCUUGUUUAUCUCGGCGCCAGAUUCAGGACGUAUCGCUCGUUCCCAAGAGAACGUUAUCCCGACGAAAGCUUCGGAGUCGGCAAUUUGGCUUUCACUGGGCAGUAAGGCCGAGGAUAUCGGUUUGUGUUCACCUCCGCUUUCCGCUUCGAGUACCGGGGGAGGCUUUGGGAAUGAACUUGCUAUCCAAUUUGACCACCCGGCGGCAGAAAUUGCCAUUUUAACCAAUACCGGGGUACACAUUAUCCGCCGCCGCCGACUGGUAGACAUCUUUGCGGCACUGGUGCGCCAUGGCGGUGGUGAGGAAGGGCUGGAAGGUGAGGUGAAGAACUUCAUCCGGACCUACGGACGGAGCGAAACUCUCGCAACUGCUUUGGCGGUUGCAUGUGGUCAAGGAGUCGAGAUUUCGUCUGAUUCUCGACUGUCAAAGAUUAACGACCCGGAAGUUCUGGAGUUUGCACGCAAGGUUUUUAUCGAGUAUGGUGGAAGGCCAACGAUGAAUGAAAAUGCUGUUGCCGACAACGGUACGCCAGCGAUCGACACCAUUGUACCCUCGCCGCGACAUGCUGGUAUCGCCUUGUACAUGUCCAGGCUUCUCCGCUCGAUCUGGAAAAAGGAGAUCGCUGUUGCAAGCAGCCAGCCGAACGGGACUCAACAAUUUUCACCAUCAGUGAGCACUGCCAAGCUGCAGAGCAUCCAAAAGGACCUGUCCGCGCUGCAAGACUUCUUCAAGGCGAAUAAGAGCUUUAUCGAGGGAUUGAGUGGUCCUGAAGCUUUGUCCCGUGCAUCCACCAAACAGGAGGAAAUUGCGCUCCAAGCUGAGCACCGCGCUCUGCACUCUCUGGUCCAGUUGCUCGCUGACGCGAUCGAAGGGAUUUCGUUUGUGCUUGUUCUUUUCGAUGAGCGGGUCGAUGAGAUUGUUUUGGCCCUCCCCGAAGAGGCCAAGCAGCGCUUCCUGAAACUCACAUUUGAAGAGCUAUUCAGCACCAGCAAAGGAUAUGAGAUUGCAAAGGAGCUUGUGAAGGCGAUUGUUAACAGGAACAUUGCCAAAGGCUCAAACGUAGAGACAGUGGCUGAUGCGUUGCGACGAAGGUGCGGCAACUUCUGCAGUGCGGAGGAUGUCAUCAUAUUCAAGGCUCAGGAGCUUCUCAAGCGAGCUACUGAAGCUGGUGCGAAUUCCGAACUGGGCCGCAACUUGCUCAACGAGAGCUUGCGCCUUUUCCAGCAGGUGUCUGAAAGCUUACCCAUGGAUUAUCUUGUCUCUGCCGUGAACAACUACAUUGAAAACCAGUUCUUUGCCGAGAGCUCGGAUAAGGCGAACUUGGCCCUGGGCUGGAUCAUGGAUGGCCGCCCGUCAGAAGAUUCGCGCCGAGCGUAUUAUGAGUUCCGAAAACAAUGCUAUGACCUCGUUUUCAAGGUGAUCGUUGCUGUGGACAACUUGGCGGCGUCUGAUCCCGGCGUCAUUGACGGGCAAUUUACUGUUAUUGCCAGACGACGGAACGAAGCAUAUGGCGUCAUUUCAGACUCGAACGAUGAAGUCUUCUUGACCAGUCUGUACGACUGGUACCUUGAACAGGGCUGGAGCGAUCGGUUGCUUGAAACCAAGUCUCCUUUUGUGGUCACCUAUCUGGAGCGUAAAUCUGCCGAUGACAUUUUCCAUGCCGAUCUUCUCUGGAAGUACUAUGGGCAGUCGGAACGGUAUUACGAGGCUGCUCGAGUUCAGUAUCAGUUGGCUCAGAGUGCGUUCAAUCUGCCUUUGAGUCGAAGGAUUGAAUACCUUGGCCAGGCUCGCGCCAACGCCUCGACCUUUACGCCCGACAUUGGUCGGCAGUCGCGGCAGAGACUGCUUCAGGAGAUCACCAACUUGAUGGAUGUCGCAAACAUCCAAGAUGAGUUGUUGCAGCGUCUGAAAGAGGACACGAGAAUCGAUCCAGCGCACAAGGCUGAGGUUCUCAAGGAAGUGGACGGACCCAUCAUGGACAUCAGCCUGCUCUUCAAUAAAUAUGCCGACGCUGGUAGUUACUACGACAUUUGCUUGCAGAUCUUCUACCUUGCAGAUCACCGGAACUCGGCCGACAUCAAGAGCACCUGGCAGCAUCUUCUGCAGAAUAUCCAUGACGAGACCGUCGAGAGGGGAGAAGCCCAGCCGUACGAAGCAGUGAUCGAGAAGGUCCGCUCCCUUGGCAGCCGCCUGCGGAUGUCGGAGACAGUGUUCCCGGUGCCAAUGCUUCUCCCCAUGCUUGAGCGAUACGCAUUGGAGUUCCAGCGAGGCGUGGGACCGUCAACCUGGGUGGUCGAUCUUUUCCUAGAUCUUGAGGUUCCUCACGAGACGCUUUACUCGGUCCUCGAGGCGAUGUUCUACAACGACGAGGCGCCUUUCCAGGGUCCCAACCGACGGUACAUCGCCAGCGACCUCCUCUACCUGAUUCAGCGCUGGUUUCAUGACUCAGUGCGUACGGGCGGAGAGGUCUUUGGCAACGACGCGAUCGCCACGCGGAUCUCCGAGAUGCUGCUGCUGUUGCAGCAGAGCGGCAUCGGGCCUGAACUUGUGCAGUUAGCUCAGGAAUUGCGGGGCAUGUUUGCUUGGAGCGAGUGCAUAAAGGUGAGUGAUGAUGAUGAUGAUGAGACUGAGAAUAUAGUAGUAACGCCAGGCAUAUUGGCGCAAGUGGUAGAUGAUGAGAACGGUCCAAAUGAGCUCAUACUGUUCCCUAAGCGUCUGGUUUUGGGGGAAGAGGGCAGAUACAUGCGUGUUGAAUCUCCUGUUCCGGCAUCAGUUCCUAUCGCUAAUUGGAAGAUAUCUUUGCAUCGCGUUCUCACAGUUUGUAAAGAUCAAGGCGACCGUCGUAAUCCUCUUCAGGCGGGGAUAUUUGAACAUAGGAGUGGUAUGCUGCCAAGUAUUCGGCCCCAAAUCUAUUGCAGACUGGCCGCCAUUGACCAAACUCGUCUUUCUUACAGGUCAGCUCUCGUCAUUCUCUCGGCUCUGGUUGAUCAUUCACUUACAUUCGUUACAACUUUGAUCGCGCCGUUGAGUCUCAAGAUCCUCUCUACACAGGUCCUAUUCCCACUCAAUCUCUUGCUGCACGGCUCCAUGGUCGUAUACAGGACCGUGUUUUUUGGUAAGACUUCGCCGAUUCGCUCUUCCGGGAGAUUGUGUUUUUCAGCCACUUUGAUGAAGCAGCGAGAUGAAUUCUUUGCAGUGGGCCUAACUACCGGGACAGUCGCACUGUAUCAUGCGACAUCUUGCCAGGAAUAUAAAGUUCUGGAUCACGGCGAGGCCGUCAAAUUUCUGCAGUUCAAGAGCAAGACGGAUCUGAUGGCAUCUUGCGGGAUGAAGACGAUCCGGAUCUGGGACAUUCGCAGCGGCGAACUAAUCUACCGUUUUCAAGCCCCGCAACGGCCUAUCGGUCUGGCAUUUGAUAAGGACCUGCUAGUAGCUGCAUCUGGCAAGAACUACCUAGCAUCUUGGGAUCUGAAGAACGACGGAGCACAGCAACCUGACCGGCCGUGGAACGAUUCGGGAGAACACAUGAACACAAACGCACAGUCACACCGUGCGCCGUGUGCCAUAUCAAUUUCCGUAAGCCACCAAAUGCUGGCUGUCGCCUAUAGCGGACGACCGAUAACGCUUUGGGACCUCGAGGACGAUACGUAUUAUGGCACUUGCGGGAAGAAACUACCUAGUGGCGAAACAAGUACACAUCUGGUCACCGCCAUCGUUUUCAACCCUAACCCGACCAUUGACCUCCUUGUCGCGUCUUACCUCGAUGGCGAACUCGUGCUCCUUGAUCCGUUUCAUGACCAGACCCUGGAGAGCUUUCGCGCAGAUUGUCAUACGCUCGCAGCCAGCCCGGACGGACGCCUGCUUGCAGGCGGCGCCGGGUCCGGAAUAAUCCAGAUCUACGAAUUUGACACCUUGAGGUUGCUCUACCGGGUCCAGUCUUCUGACUUUCGCAUCAAGCAGCUGGCCUUCAGCAGAGACAGCUUGCACUUUGCGGACAUUAGAGGGUCACAAUGCAACGUCUGGGAGCCCGCGGUUCUGCUUCGGGACUCGGUAGGCGACGACAGCAGCGAAAGCACGUCGACUGCCUUCGUCGAAGGGGUCGCGACGGACACUAAGGUCAAGAUUAGCGCCCUGGUCCUGCAUCCCAACGGAGAGGUUGUAUUCUGCGGCAAGGAUGACGGGUCGGUUUCCCUGUACGACUUGAAGACAGGAGCCCAGGUGCGGACGCUUUACCGCCACAAGUCACGGGUUCGUACCCUUACUGUGUGGCCUCAAAGCAAUGUUAUCAUCAGCGUCGAUGUAUCUAACGGGAUCUUCGCGUGGAAUCUGAUGAAGUCACAGCAGGAGGGAUGGGUGGCUGAGAAGAUGAUAUUUCAGUCUCGCCUGAACUGCGGACAGUCUAUCAUUCAAGUCUCAGCGGGCGAGGCAGCCCGGAAAUUUAUCCUGUCAACCCAGGAGUCCGACCAUCUCUGGAGCUUCGAUGGCCGGCAGGAGGACGCGCGGACAUACUCGGACAGGCCAGGGAUCCGGAAAUGGAUUCAACACCAGCAUUCGCCACUCCAUACGAUCUGCUUCGAAGGCGCGGCCGCUCGCAUCUACGCCUGGAGCGAUUGGUCAGAAGUCGCAUCGGUGCGCCUCACCACCGACAUCACCGGAUUGCAGUUGAAGAGCGUCACUCCUUACACGUUCGGGCAUAGACAGCGUAUCCUCGUCGAGCUGUCCGAGCUGGACGGCUCGGUGAAGACGCGCGGCCUGCACCUCCUCGACGCAGCGUCUUUCAGCAUCGAGAAUAACGCCUCAGAGGAAGCCGUUUCCGAAGAAGCUAAAGUCGGGGAAGAUGCCGACCUAGCCUUAACUAUCAAGGAGGAAGUCCCAGCAGCAGUGUCGGUCCCACUUUUCAGCCCGCGACUCGCGGCCCUCGCCCAGCGGGUCGCCCACGUCGCUGGCCUCGUUGACGGAGGCAAGCUGGUCUUCCUCGACACCCAGUCUUGGGUCUGCUCCGCCGAUCUUGAGGGGCCGGGCAACAGCUCAGUGUCAUACUUCAGACAUUUCUUAGUGCCGUACGACUGGUUCUCCGGGACAAGGGACGUGAUCUACGCGGUGGCGCAGCGAGAUGUCCUGUUUGCGCGGAAUGACGACGUUGCGAUAAUCAAGGGCGGGCUGGAGUAUGCAGAGAAGGUCAAUGUGGAGAAUGUGGGUAAAAUUUCGAACGGGUCGAUUCAGAAAUGA